AUGGCCUGGCCAAAUAUUUUUCAAAGAGGAACUUUGCUCUCCCGGUUCAGCCAUCAUCAUGUGCUCAUGUUCCUGCUCACUUUCUUCAGUUACUCUUUGCUCCAUGCAUCAAGAAAAACACUUAGCAAUGUCAAAGUCAGUAUCUCUAAGCAGUGGACCCCAAGUGCUCUUAACAAGUCAACUGAACUGCCUGUAGAGGUCUGGAGCAGCAACCUUUUGUUUCCCAGUGCAGAGGAAGCCACUCUUUUCCUCGGAACAGUCAACACCAUUUUCCUCUCCUAUGCUGUGGGCCUUUUCAUCAGCGGUAUCGUCAGGGAUCAGCUUAAUUUGCGAUGGGUUCUGUCUUUUGGCAUGUGCUCCUCGGCAUUAGUGGUGUUUGUCUCUGGUACUCUCACAGAAUGGCUGCAUUUCUACAACAAGGGGCUGUACUGCAGCCUGUGGAUCGUGAAUGGCCUGCUGCAGCCCACUGGUUGGCCCUGUGUGGUUACUGUUAUGGGCAAAUGGUUUGGGGAAGCCGGACGAGGAGUUGUUUUUGGUCGGUGGAGUGCCUGUGCCUCAGUGGGCAAUAUUUUGGGAGCGUGUCUAGCUUCUUCUGUUCUGCAGUAUGGUUAUGAGUAUGCCUUUGUGGUGACAGCGGCUGUGCAGUUUGCUGGUGGGAUCAUCAUCUUCUUUAGACUCCUGGUGUCACCCAAAGAAAUUGGUUUCCCAGGUAUUGAGGCAGAAGAUUUUGAAGAAGACUUGCACAGGCCACUAAUUAAUGGUGCUGAAAAUGAAGAUGAAGCUGAUCCUAAUUAUUCAAUCCAAGAAGGCAAGAGUGUUACCCAAGUCAAGGCAGUAAGCUUUUACCAGGCUUGUUGCCUUCCCGGAGUUAUAGCAUAUUCACUGGCCUGUGCCUGCUUGAAGUUAGUGAAUUACUCCUUCUUCUUCUGGUUGCCCUUUUAUCUGAGUAAUAACUUCGGAUGGAAGGAGGCUGAAGCCGACAAGCUGUCCAUUUGAUACAAUGUUGGAGGAAUUAUUGGUGGAACUCUGCAAGGCUUCAUCUCCGAUGUGCUACAGAAGAGAGCCCCAGUGUUAGCUCUCAGUCUGCUUCUGGCAGUCGGGUCCCUCGUUGGAUGUAGUCAUUCUCCAAACGAUAAGUCUAUCAAUGAACUUCUGAUGGUUGUCACAGGAUUUUUUAUUGGUGGACCUUCUAAUAUGAUUAGCUCUGCUAUUUCUGAGGACCUGGGUCCAAGGGAGCUGAUCCAAGGGAGCAGUGAGGCUUUGGCGAUCAUCAGAAUAGCUGACGGAACCAGGAGCACUGGAGCUGCGGUGAGCCAGUACUUAGUGUCUUUGAUCCAGGACAACCCAGGAUGGAUGUGGGUUUUCUACUUUUUCAUUCUUAUGACUAUUUGCACAAUUCUAUUUAUUUCACCAUUAAUAGUGAGGGAAAUGUGCUAUCUUAUGCAAGGACGACAAGCUCGCAUAUUGAGUGAGUGA